AUGGUUAUCAAAGUAUACGCUCUAACAGAAAAGGAUAUCCCGGGUGCAAUCGAGGUAAUCCAGGUUGCAUUCGCGGAGGAUCCAUAUUUCAGGUGGGUGUUUGAUGAGAAGAAUUUCAAAAAAACCCGCAACUACGGCUCCCUAGAAGCGCGCUGCCUCUGGGGCAUAAAAAACGCCAUAUUCCACGUCGCAAAGGAAGAGUCCGGUCCCUCGGGACCCGAAGGCAUCCUCGGAGUCUCAUGCUGGCUCCCCCCGCAUCCGCCCUCUCAACCAGAAUCCUGGGCCUCCUGGUACGAUGGGUGGGUCCUCUGGUUCCGGCAGGGGUUGAAUAACCUUCGGCACGGCGGGCGCGGGGGGCUGAAUGUGCGGCGAUACUAUAUCUGGAAGGAGAGGCAGGCGGAGGCGCAGGGGGCCAUUUGGGAUGAUGAGCGCGGGUACUAUUUUUGUAAUAUUGUUGCGGUGAGGCCGGAGGCCCAGGGGAAGGGGGUUGGGAGGAAGUUGUUUGAGGAGGUUACGAGGAAGGCGGAUGAGGAGGGGGUCAAGUGUUAUUUGGAGAGUUCGAGGAAUCAGCCGAAUGUGGGGAUUUAUGAGAAGCUGGGGUUUGAUAUGAGGAAGGUUAUGGAGUGUCGGGAUAAGAGCUCUAAUCGGGAGGGGGAAGGGAAUGUUUGUAUGUUAUAUUGCAUGGUCCGUGAACCGAAGAAGAGCUCACCAUGA